AUUGACCUUAGUUUCCUACGAAUAGAUGACAAAGAAUUGUCAACAAAGGGAUCUUUAAAGAUGAAAUUUUGGACGCGUAAAAUGCUCCUCAAUUCAAAGUAUGAGAAAAUUCAAACUAUCUUUGAAGUUGAAAAUGAUGAAAAAUCAGCUUCUUAAUUUCCAAAACAGAGGCAAAAGUGAUCAUGGUAUUCUUAUCCAAGUGCAAGAAGCAAACCUGGAAUCAUCCAACCUCUCUAUAUAUAUACCUAUCGAGAAGCAGAAGACAAAAUCCCAUCAAUGAUUUUAAACUCAAAUCUAUUUAGUUUCUGAGUAGUAAAUAUCUUCGAGAGCAUGAAGUUUCUCAUCGUGUAUUUUUCGUUGCUUUUUUUCAUAUGUGGCUUUGUAGCAGUUCAUGGAAAGAUCCUAAGACAGAGAUUUGUGUUACAAGAUGCCCCAUACACACGAUUGUGCGGCAGUAAGAGCAUAUUAACCGUGAACGGAAAAUUUCCCGGGCCCACCAUAUAUGCGAGAGUGGGAGACACAGUAAUUGUGGACGUCAUCAACAGAGCUAGUGAAAAUAUUACUAUUCACUGGCAUGGGGUGAAACAGCCAAGAAACCCAUGGUCAGAUGGGCCGGCUUACAUAACCCAGUGCCCGAUCCGACCGGGAACGAAUUUCAGCCAAAGAAUCGUGUUGUCUGAUGAAAUCGGGACUCUAUGGUGGCACGCUCACAUCGAAUGGUUUCGCUCUACUGUCUAUGGUGCUCUCGUUGUUUUACCUAACUUGGGAGAUCAAUAUCCCUUCCCUAAACCUGCUGCCGAAAUUCCCAUCAUAUUAGGAGAAUGGUGGAACAGUGAUAUAAGGGAAGUUCUGAGGGAAGGCCUUCAAAGCGGAUCGGAUUUUAAUGCAUCUAAUGCUUUCCUCAUCAAUGGUCAACCUGGAGAUCUAUAUCCUUGUUCCAACUCAGAUACAUUCAAAGUGAAAGUGGACUCUGGCAAAACAUACCUACUUCGAAUGAUCAACAAUGUGAUGAACAACAUCAUGUUCUUCAAAAUCGCCAACCACAACCUCACCGUAGUCGGCUCCGACGCCGCCUACACGAAGCCGUUCACGGCCGAGUACGUGGCAAUAUCUCCGGGCCAAACCAUAGAUGUCUUGUUCGUAGCCAACCAACAACCAAGCCACUAUUACAUGGCCUCUCGGCCCCACAACGUCGCCGGGAACUUCGCCAACACGACCACAACCGCCAUCCUCGAGUACACCGGAAACUACACGGCACCCUCGUCUCCUCUCCUCCCCACCCUCCCCGACUUUGCAGACGAGGUCGCCUCUGACAGUUUCACAGCACGGCUGCGAAGCUUAGCGACAGAGGCUCACCCCAUUGACGUCCCUCAAACAGUGGACAAGGAGCUUCUGUUUACCCUCUCGGUAAACAUAUUCGAAUGCGCUCUAAACGAGACUUGCAACGGACCGUUGCAAGGCCGGUUCAGAACGAGCCUCAACAACAUAACGUUCGUGCAGCCAAGAAUCUCCAUUCUUGAUGCCUAUUAUAACCGUGUUAACGGAGUCUACGAGGAAGAUUUCCCUCAGAAUCCGCCUUUCCCGUUCAACUACACGAUGGAGUUCGUGCCACAGCUGCUAUGGAUACCUCAAAAUGGGACAGAAGUUAGAGUGGUGGAGUAUAAUACUUCAGUAGAGCUUGUCUUCCAAGGAACAAACAUUCUUGGUGGGACAUACCAUCCUAUGCAUCUCCAUGGCUACAGCUUCUAUGUGGUCGGAAGAGGCAACGGAAACUUUGACCGGGAAAGGGACCCUUCCAGCUAUAAUCUUGUCGAUCCUCCUCUGCAGAACACCAUUGCAGUUCCAAGAAACGGGUGGACAGCGAUUAGGUUCAAGGCGAAUAAUCCAGGUGUUUGGCUUCUGCAUUGCCAUCUGGAGCGCCACGUGACCUGGGGAAUGGAGAUGGCGUUCAUCGUCAGAGAGGGAAAGAGCCAAGACGCUAAGAUGCUGCCUCCACCUGCAGACAUGCCCAGAUGCUAAAGCUGAGGCAUAUCAAAGAGAAAACACUGCAAGAUCUCUUCUGAUUAUAUUGUUUCUUGAUUUGUAUACAGACCUGUAAAAUGGCUUGACAUAGUUUUGACCAUCAAGAUCAGUUAGGAAAAUGAAUAAUAAAUCCAGUUCUUGUUUGAUCAUUUAAAACAUAAAUACAGUUUUCUGUUUCUGAUUCAGAAAA